AUGCCGACGCGGCGCUGCCCCUCCACGACCACGACGCCCUGGCUCGCCAUCGCCGUCCUGGCGACGGCGCGCAGCUCCGGCGCGCAAAGCACCAAUGCUGCGAUCACGGGCGUCGGCACCUUUUUGUCCGGCUCCGGCAGCUCUGCGGGGCGCGGGCUGGCCCUCGGCGUGCUGCUGGCCUCGCCGCACCUCGCGGCGGCUCGGCCGUUUGGAGCGGCAAACACAUCCGUCGCCGCGACGCGGCGCAAGCUCGGCUACGCCAUGACCGACAGCAGCAUUAGAACGGCUGUCGCGGCGUGGCUCUCGAACAGCGCAUCUGCAGAGGCGACGUACGGCCAUAUUUCUACGUGGGACACAUCGGGGGUGACGGACAUGUCGGGGUUGAUUUGCACAUCAGGCAGAUGCUUGUACGAAAACCCGGCCGCGGAGUUCUUCAACGACGACAUCGGCGCGUGGGAUACCUCUGGUGUAACAUCGAUGGAGGCCCUGUUCAAAGGAGCAUCCGCCUUCAAUCGGGACAUUGGUGGCUGGAGUGUCGUCGCCGUGAGAAGUAUGGAGGACAUGUUCAACCGUGCCUAUUCUUUUAAUCAAGACAUCGGCGCGUGGGACACCUCGGGCGUCACAACGAUGUGCGGGAUGUUCGAGGAAGCAACCUCCUUCAAUCAGGAUAUUAGCAGCUGGAACGUUGCAGCGGUCAUAGAUAUGCACGACAUGUUCAAGGACGCCUCGGCCUUCGACCAGGACCUCGGCUGGUGCGUAGCCUACGACGUGGACACGGAGGACGCGUUCUCCAGCACCCCGUGCGAGUCGACGUCGUGCAGCGUCGAGCAAAGAAGCGACUGCCCGACAGGCAACGUCAUGACCGAUAGCAACAUUGGAACGGCCGUCGCGGCGUGGCUCGCUGACGCAACCACCGCCGAGACGACAUACGGCCACAUCUCGACGUGGGCGACUGGCGGGGUGACGGACAUGUCGCUGUUGUUUUGUGCGCAGUAUUGCGGCUCGGGUACCAACUCGGCUGCGGCGUCCUUCAACGAGGACAUCGGCGCGUGGGACACCUCCGGCGUCACAGACAUGGGCGCCAUGUUCAGAGGCGCCUAUGCCUUCGACCAGGACAUCAGUGGUUGGGCGGUCCACAGCGUCACUGACAUGACCGAGAUGUUUGGAGACGCCUCGGCCUUCGACCAGGACCUCGGCUGGUGCGUCAACGACGACGUGAGCCUGGGCUACGCGUUCAGUGGCACCCCGUGCGAGUCGACGUAUUGCGGCGUGAAGUGGGAGACCAAUACAGGCGACUGCGACGUCUCGCUCACGGGCAACGUCAUGGUCAACUGGAAAAUUAGAUGGGCCGUCGCGGCGUGGCUCUCGGACGCGACGGCCGCCGAGUCGACGUACGGCCACAUCUCGACGUGGGAGACUUCCGGGGUGACGGACAUGUCGCAGUUGUUUUGUGCGCAGUAUUGCGGCUCGGGUACCAACUCGGCUGCGGCGUCCUUCAACGAGGACAUCGGCGCGUGGGACACCUCCGGCGUCACAGACAUGGGCGCCAUGUUCAGAGGCGCCUAUGCCUUCGACCAGGACAUCGGCGCGUGGGACACCUCCGGCGUCAUUUACAUGCACGUGAUGUUCUACGACGCCUCGGCCUUUGACCAGGACCUCAACUGGUGCGUGGCCAACGACGUUAACCUGGACUAUGCGUUCGAAGGCACCCCGUGCGCGUCGACGUCGUGUGGCGUCCAGAAAAUGGAGGAAGGUACCUGUGCGCCGACCUUAGCGCCAACUACGACACCCGCACCGACAGCAACGCCAGCACCCACUAUUGCACCUCUGGUCGCCGACGACAGCACGAUAAGAACGGCCGUCGCGGCGUGGCUCUCGGACAGCGCGGCCGCCGAGGCGACGUACGGCCACAUCUCGACGUGGGAGACAUCGGGGGUGACGAGCAUGUCGAGUUUGUUUGCGGGAUCGUCCUUCAACGAGGACAUCGGCGCGUGGGACACCUCCGGCGUCACGACGAUGUACAGGAUGUUCGACGAAGCCUCGGCCUUCGACCAGGACCUCGGCUGGUGCGUGGACGACGACGUGGUCCUUUGCGACUUCUGGGGAAACUGCGCGUUCGACGGCACCCCGUGCGAGUCGACGUCGUGCGGCGUCGUGCAAAUGGACAACUGCCCGAUCACGGGCUACGUCAUGGACGACGAUAGCAUUAGAGAUGCAGUGGCGGCUUGGUUUGCCGACCAGUCCGCCGCCGAGGCGACGUACGGCCACAUCUCGACGUGGGACACAUCGGGGGUAACGGACAUGUCUGGGUUGAUUAGCACAUGUUGCCUCUUGGACGAUGACCUCCCCGUGGAGUUCUUCAACGAGGACAUCGGCGCGUGGGACACCUCGGGCGUCACAACGAUGGAGUACAUGUUCGAUGGCGCCUCGGCCUUUAACCAAGACAUUGGCGCGUGGGACACCUCGGGCGUCACAACGAUGGAGUACAUGUUCGAUGGCGCCUCGGCCUUUAACCAAGACAUUGGCGCGUGGGACACCUCGGGCGUCACAACGAUGGCCAAUAUGUUCCAGGAAGCAACCUCCUUCAAUCAGGAUAUUAGCAGCUGGAACGUUGGAGCGGUUACGGACAUGCACGACAUGUUCAAGGACGCGACAGCAUUCAACCAGGACCUCGGCUGGUGCCUGAACAAUGACGUGGACCUGGACGAUGCGUUCGACACCGCCCAGUGCGAGUCGACGUGGUGCGGCAUCGUGGGGGGAGUUAACUGCAACAUCCUCCCGGGUAUUGGCAGCGUCAUGGUCAACUGGAAAAUCAGAGUAGCAGUCGGAGUGUGGCUCUCGAAUCCGACUGGCGCCACAGCGACGUACGGCCACAUUUCCACGUGGGAGACUGGCGGGGUAACGGACAUGGAUGAGUUGUUCGAGGAAGCCUCGUCUUUCAACGAGGACAUUAGCGCUUGGGAUACCUCAGGUGUAACGUCGAUGGUGGAGAUGUUCAAGGAAGCAUCCAGCUUCAAUCAGGACGUUGGGGGCUGGAGCGUUGGAGCUGUUCUCGAUAUGGAGGAGAUGUUCGAAGACGCAUCGUCCUUUAACCAGGACCUCGGCUGGUGCGUGGACCACCGCGUGUACCUGGGCAGUUUUGCGUUCUACAACACCCGGUGCGAGUCGACGUCGUGCGGCGUCGUGCAAGUCAACUACCUCUUCAACUGCCCGAGGCCGACGCCAAGACCCAUGCCUGGUCCGACGCCUCGCCCGACGUUUCCAAGUCCAACUCCACGGCCAUCGCAGUCUCCUUCGCCGCGCCCCACGGCGUCUCCGACGCCGAAGCCUACACCGAUGCCUACGCAGCGGCCGACGCCCGCGCCCAGCAAGCGCCCGACGUGGCGGCCGACGUCCGCGCCCAGCAAGCGCCCGACGCCGCAACCGACGUCGACGCCGACGCAGCGGCCGACGCUCGCGCCCAGCAAGCGCCCGACGCCGCAACCGACGUCGACGCCGACGCUGCGGCCGACGCCCGCGCCCAGCGUGGUCCCCGUGCAGUCGCCAACGCUGAGGCCUACCGCUGCGCCGGAAGCCGCUCCAGUCGCGGCGCCCGUGCCCACGUCUCAAUCGACACCUCUCGUCUCGUGACCGUGUGGAAACCAUCGAGCUAGUCGUCGCGUCGAUGGCGUGGAGGUCGACGCUAAGGGCGCCGGCCCGGGAAAUCCAAUUUCUGCACAGGUCUGCGACCAAGGGGGCGGGUGCAAGAUCCUCAUCAUCAGCACUGGUAAAGUGAACUUUAGAGGAGACAGGAGCGAGGCUUGGUGCACGAACCAAGGAAACAACCCGAACAAGGAGACGCUCUGGUGCGCCGAUGCGGAUCCGACACCCGUGCCCACGUCUCAAUCGACACCUCUCGUCUCGUGACCGUGUGGAAACCAUCGAGCUAGUCGUCGCGUCGAUGGCGUGGAGGUCGACGCUAAGGGGGCCGGCCCGGGAAAUCCAAUUUCUGCACAGGUCUGCGACCAAGGGGGCGGGUGCAAGAUCCUCAUCAUCAGCACUGGUAAAGUGAACUUUAGAGGAGACAGGAGCGAGGCUUGGUGCACGAACCAAGGAAACAACCCGAACAAGGAGACGCUCUGGUGCGCCGAUGCGGAUCCGACACCCGUGCCCCCACGUGCCCACCGACACCUCUCGUCUCGUGACCGUGUGGAAACCAUCGAGCUAGUCGUCGCGUCGAUGGCGUGGAGGUCGACGCUAAGGGGGCCGGCCCGGAAAUCAAUUUCUGCACAGGUCUGCGACCAAGGGGGCGGGUGCAAGAUCCUCAUCAUCAGCACUGGUAAAGUGAACUUUAGAGGAGACAGGAGCGAGCUUGGUGCACGAACCAAGGAAACAACCCGAACAAGGAGGCGGCGGGUGCGCCGAUGCGGAUCCGACACCCGUGCCCGUGCUCACGACACCUCUCGUCUCGUGACCGUGUGGAAACCAUCGAGCUAGUCGCCGCGUCGAUGGCGUGGAGGUCGACUUUAAGGGGGCCGGCCCGGAAAUCAAUUUCUGCACAGGUCUGCGACCAAGGGGGCGGGUGCAAGAUCCUCAUCAUCAGCACUGGUGAAGUGAACUUUAGAGGAGACAGGAGCGAGGCUUGGUGCACGAACCAAGGAAACAACCCGAACAAGGACGCUCUGGUGCGCCGAUGCGGAUCCGACACCGUUCCCGUGCCCACCGACACCUCUCGUCUCGUGACCGUGUGGAAACCAUCGAGCUAGUCGUCGCGUCGAUGGCGUGGAGGUCGACGCUAAGGGGGCCGGCCCGGAAAUCAAUUUCUGCACAGGUCUGCGCGACCAAGGGGCGGGUGCAAGAUCCUCAUCAUCAGCACUGGUGAAGUGAACUUUAGAGGAGACAGGAGCGAGCUUGGUGCACGAACCAAGGAAACAACCCGAACAAGGAGGCACGCAGUGCGCCGAUGCGGAUCCGACACCCGUGCCCCACGUGCCCACGACACCUCUCGUCUCGUGACCGUGUGGAAACCAUCGAGCUAGUGGCCGCGUCGAUGGCGUGGAGGUCGACGCUAAGGGGGCCGGCCCGGAAAUCAAUUUCUGCACGGUCUGCGACCAAGGGGCGGGUGCAAGAUCCUCAUCAUCAGCACUGGUAAAGUGAACUUUAGAGGAGACAGGAGCGAGGCUUGGUGCACGAACCAAGGAAACAACCCGAACAAGGAGACGCUCUGGUGCGCCGAUGCGGAUCCGACACCCGUUCCCACGUCUCAAUCGACACCUCUCGUCUCGUGACCGUGUGGAAACCAUCGAGCUAGUCGUCGCGUCGAUGGCGUGGAGGUCGACGCUAAGGGGGCCGGCCCGGGAAAUCCAAUUUCUGCACAGGUCUGCGACCAAGGGGGCGGGUGCAAGAUCCUCAUCAUCAGCACUGGUGAAGUGAACUUUAGAGGAGACAGGAGCGAGGCUUGGUGCACGAACCAAGGAAACAACCCGAACAAGGAGACGCUCUGGUGCGCCGAUGCGGAUCCGACACCCGUGCCCACGUCUCAAUCGACACCUCUCGUCUCGUGACCGUGUGGAAACCAUCGAGCUGGUCGUCGCGUCGAUGGCGUGGAGGUCGACGCUAAGGGGGCCGGCCCGUUUUGAAAAGGUGCUCAUGGGCUGCUGAGAGAAAUCGACUAAAAAUGCUUGAAGCGGCGGCGCUUGCGGCGUAGGCGCUUGCACGUGUAUAGUACCGACCCUAGGCGACCCCAGGGAGACCUGUUCGACAGGGAUUGACAGGAUUCAACCGGCGCGGCCGCCCUGAUGCCGGAGCCCGUACCAGAUUCUCCUCCGUAUGGACCUCCGGAUUAAAAUCGUAAAAAAAUCCUCCUCGCAAGUUUAAAUAUGUUUGUAUGAGCUGGGUGCAGCAAGUGCACAAUGCAGCUGUGGUAGCUAGGUCUCUCGGGUGUCAAUGUGACACGGAGAUGCCAACAGGAAAAACUCUCACUGAAACGUGAGAGUGUGGGAACCCCCUCAACUCUGAGAAGACAGAAUUGGAAUAAAGGAGAUUAAGAGGGAGAAGGAAGUAUCCUAAGAUACAGGCCACUAGCCUCUGAUAUCUACUAGAACCUGAGAGGAGCUCUACAUAAAGGUAGCUACAGUAUCAUAGCACAAUCGCUGUAAGCUCAGAGUACCGCAGUACCACGGUACCUACGGUAGGGUGGUACCGUACCUGCUAUGAUAUGGCCACGUAUCUAGUGGCUCGCUGCAAGAUACUUUCUUAUAGGUCUACCGGCGAAUGGGAGGAAAGUGCGUGGCAAUGCGUUUCCUCUUGGGGUUCGAGAAAUCUGACCUGGGGCCAAUAUUUGCACCCUACGGGAGGUGCCUGAAAAGGGGCCCGCAAUCAAGGCCACUUUUGCGGCCGUUUGUGCGGGAAGUUCUCGAUAUGGUUGUUUUGGCGCGGGGGCGCGUGGUCCGGGGUCCCUGGGGUUGGUGCCCGUUGUGGCAACGGCCUCUUUUCCACUUAUAAAUCUCCCAAAUUUUUAUCUUAGCUUCACUAUCCUAGUCUCACUUAUCUUGGUUAAAUACCCGGAUAGAGUAGGCCUAGUGAAUACGGUAGGUACCGUACCGUAGGUAGGUAGAUCAGCACAUACCGUAGGUAGCACCACAAAACUAAUAGCAGUCUACAGACAGCGGUUGCAAACCUACGCUAAGAUGUCAUUGUUUGACGAUGGACGAUGAUGCGAGCACGUACCGCGCGCCGGCCUCCGCGCUCCCGGCCUUUAGGUACUUCAGCCUCCCGGCGUCGCCCGUCGCGCCGCCGCCGAACCCGCUGUGGCUGACCCAGGAGAGCUGCGCGUUCAAGGCGACGACGGGCGUCGUGUUGGGCGCGGGCGUGGGCGCGAUGAUGGGCCUCUUCUUCGGCAUCCUCGGCGCGGACCCGUCGGUGCCCGUGGGGCCCGGCGGCCGCGCGAUCCCCGCCGCACCACUGGCGCACCAGGUCCGCGUCGCCUGGCGUGCGCUCGGCGACAAGGCGAUGUGGUACACGAAGUCGUUCGCCGUCAUCACGGCGCUCUUCUCGGGCUGCGACUGCCUUUUCGAGAAGGCGCGCGGCAGGCACGACGCCAUCAACGGGAGCCUCUCGGGCUGCGCCACGGGGGCAGUCCUCGCGGCCAAGCAAGGCCCCCAGGCGGCGUGUCUAGGGUGCGUCGGCUUCGCGGCGUUUUCCGUGGCCGUGGACGCGCUCAUGCACCAGUAGCCGCCGCUGCGCUAGCGACGUGCUGGUUUACUCCGUU